AGAUGGCGGCGACUGUUUUGGUUGUGGUGUUACUUGUGGCCCACCACUUUCCGAUAGCUGGCGGGUCGUCGCACUGGGUUGUCACUGAGGAAGGCCUAGUGCGAGCUCAGGCUGACACUGUGUUUAACCUGCGACGACCCUAUGACCUGGUGGCCUUCAUGAAACAGGAUGAUAGGACAGAGAUGCUGGAAGGUCUGAAGGAAGAGUUACUGACAAGAAAAGAUGAGAUUGACAAGAACGAAGAUAGGGACACGGGUUUGGAGCAGAGGUUUUACAAAACAGAUGCAGACUGUUUAAAAGCGGGUAAACCACUGCCAGAGUUUGACCUCUAUAUAAGUACGGUACUUCCGCUGGAGAACAAAGGCAUCAGACCAGAGGAACAUAUAGACGUGAAUCAACCUCUACACAGUAUACAUUCCCCACCCGACUGUACACUAUUCUCCGAGCUUGACUACAGUAUACACGCCUUCGAACAUUUGGAGGGUAUGAAGGUGCGGGACUUGUUGUCGGGGACGCCUGAGCUUGGCCUAAAGAAUGCCAUCACCUACCAGGACGAUGUAGACCAGUACGGUAGUAGGGUGUACCAUGCCCUGCUCAAGAAUGACACAUCCUGGGUGUUGUAUAAUAUGGCAGCAUUUUAUUGGAGGAUAAAGGGUGAUCCCUACCAGGUGAUAGAGUGUGUUAGACGGGCCCUACACUACUCACCCAGACAACAGAAGGACGUGGCCUUAAUCAGUUUAGCCAACGUUCUGCAUCGAGCUCGCUAUUCCAACGAGGCAGCCAUUGUUGUCCAUGCAGCUCUCGACAUCUCCAAAGAACGAAACGUCAACCACUUCACUCUGGGAAAUAUCUAUGCUGUACUAGCAGAGUACAAUAAGUCUGUGAUUUGCUUUGAAAAUACUCUUAAGAUCCAGCCUGACUUUGAAGCAGCAGCCAAACGCAAACACGCUGUUCACUGCCAUGCUAAACUGGAAAACGCUCUAGAAGCUCAGCACAGAUCACUUCAGAGGACACUGAAUGACCUAAAGGACUAUCAGAAGAAACAUGAUUUCUGGCAGAAUCAGAAUGAGAAACUUAUAUCAGAACAGGUGUCAAAUGAUGUCAAACUACUUCAGCACAAAGCAUUUGAAAAUUUCAAAAUACAAGACUCUACCAUAGAUAUAGGUGAAUACUGUCGGAUGGUGGACCGAGAGGGCAAACAGGUUCUCAUGUGUACCUGGGGGAAAAAAGCCUCUAUUGUAGAAUACUAUGAGAUACAGGAGGAAAUUGUGGAUGCCACCUCUCCAAAGGACAGCAGGCAGCCCACUAAUACACGGGACGAGAGACCACAAACCACCGACUACUCUAAACCUGUACGCGACCCCCUCUUCACCAAGGACGGACGCAGCAAAGAGGCUACUGUUAAAAUGCCCCUGCUGGAUGAUGACUGGCCGGGUAAAGAGGAGUGUGACACCCAUGUACAGAAAGUCCCCGACCCCCACAACCUUUCCAUGAUCUACCUUUCACCGGAAAACAAGGGCUUUGAGAUUAAGGCACUGUUGACAGAGGCUCAGAACUUGACUCCAGGCGAUGAGCACCCACUUCCUUGGUACCCCCCAGUGUGUGUCCCAUUGGAGGAGAUCCCAGAGGGCAGUGCUAAGAGUUAUGACCACAUCAAAUCUGUCAGUCGAGAGGAGCGUACGAGGAUGCCACUAAAAAUGUCUGACAAAUCUAUCAGACAGACCCUGUUGAACCAUGUGAAUGGCGGUGUGGUAACAGAGGAGGAGGUGGGGCAGAGGAUACUGACGGCACUCAAAAAGAGUGUUGGUCCCAAAUGGAUGUUGUAUAACUUGGCAGGGAUGUACUGGCGCAUCAUAGGGAACAAUUACCAUGGUAUUGAGUGUAUCCGUCGCUCACUGGUCCAUGUCCCUGACAAAUACAAGGAUGUUCCCCUUGUCAACCUUGCGAAUAUCCUUUAUCGCUGGGGUCGCUAUCACGACGCUGUCAAGGUCAUGAGGGACGCUCUCAAUAUCAGCGACAUUGAACCUUCAUCCCAUUUCUUCUUCGGCAAUGUGUUAUGGGCGGCCAAGAAUUAUACUGGAGCGGUCAAGCACUACCAGAUCUCAUUGGAGAUCCAGCCAGAUAAUCCGGAGGUAGUCAGUACCUUACGGGCCAUAAAGUGUUUCCAGCGAUACCACCAGGCCACACAGUCUGCAGCUCCACAGGAAACCGCACCACCCGUCCCAACAGCCAACUGUCAGCCUCGGCUAGCUCCCCUUGGAAAAGGAAAAGAAACAGAGAGCAGGGUUAUUUGUAAAAGGGAGAACGGUGAGGAGAAGUGUGUGAUUGAGACUCGGAGUCGCAGUAAGUCCGGCGAGUGUAAUGGUCAUUGUACUCAGACCUGUACGGUCACUCCCAUCAAACUGGACAGCUGUGCAGGGGACAUCCAUCCUGGAGGGGAACUCCCUGCCUUGAGUGGAGACGGGGCACAAUGUCCAUCUGCCAAAAAUCAGGCUUCCAACGGUGGACCAGAGGAACCUACAUUUGGUAGUGACUUCAGCACAAAGUUAGAUGAGGUCAGUGAGUACUAUCUGACCAAAGGUGUUUGUCAGGGCGAGGAGUGCAGCCAGCUCCGUGUCCAGUGUAUGUUACCCAUGAAGACUCAUUCCGGUUUGAUCGCUCACGUUGUCUCGCCACCAAAACUUUUCAUUCGCCCUGUCUCACUGCAUAGAACACAGUGCAUGCAAGGAGGCCAGAAACCACACAUAAAGUUGGAUUUUGUUAAUGGAGUUUUACAUCAGAAGCUUAUCUUUGUCUCGUCUCCCAAUGAAUUACAUGUAGAAGCUGAUGAAUGCGUGAUAUUUAACGAUGGUUCCAAGUCCAGUGGAUGUAACCAGCCCGAGUAUCGGGCCUAUCUUGAGGAAUUUGACUAUAGUAAGGAAGAUUUUGACCAAAUACAAAUGGUGUUUAUUGAACACCGGUCAAAUGCUGACCCACCCUGUGGUACGGCACAGAAACCAGCUCCUCAGGACUCACAAUCUCCUGAUGGUCAGAGCCAAUCACAGCCCAUAGUGUCGUCGGAGAAGCACCCGCCUCACCUGGAGCCGGAGGGACCUCCAGCACAGGAGAUUGCAGGUGGGAAUUCCAGGUAUGGAAGUCCAAGAAUCCCUCAGAUGAAUGAUGGAAGACCAGCCAUUGAUGAUGAUUGGUUCCCGGACAGUGAGCUACCAGACACCAGUGUGCAUGUGACCUUGAGGUACACUCUGCCACCUCCGAUUAAGAAUGACUGCAAAGAGGUCAAGGACAUCAACUUUAAGGAGUUCACAAGUACCUGGCUGUCAGUCUCGGCAAAGGGCAUUGACCUGAGGAAGCACAUCGACUUUGACACAGUGAUCAAGCGAGACUUUGAGGAGCCGUAUUGUAUGACAGACGUGACCAGUCCGCUGGAUCUCGAUAGUCUGCCGGGUAUCACGCACAGCGAGACUCUCAACUACUUUGCCGAGACUGGCCUGAAGGAGGUCCUCCAGAAGCUGGGUGGAGACUCCCAACCUGUAGGGGUCGUAGGGACCAGGAUAGCUCAUGCAUUGAAGAAGAAUACGACAUCAUGGGUUCUGACCAAUGUGGCUGCCCUAUACUGGAGGGUAGAGGGGGAUGCCAAGAGGGCCAUACAAUGUCUCCGCCUCUCUUUGACAACAGCCCCAACAGAUGUCAAGGAUACGUCCCUUGUGAGUAUCGCCAAUGUCCUUCACCGAGCUGGCUACAUCAACGAUGCCAUCGUGGCUACAGAUCUGGCCCUGCAUAUUUCCAAACGACUUGUUGUUAGCCAUUUUACCAUGGCCAACCUGUAUGCUGCAAAGGAACAAUGGGACCAGGCAAAAAUGUUCUACGAGUCUACUCUCGGUCUCCAGACCUCCUUUGAACCGGCAAAACAACGCCUGAAGGCAAUAAUGUGUAAAAUGCUCAAAACAUAACCAUCCAGAAUAUUGUUUGUAUUAAAUAUUUUUAUCCUGUUUUUGUAAUCCAUCUGUUUUGGAGUUUUGCAACCAAAUCAGGAUUUUACACUGUCCCACAAUGAAUCACCCUCAAAUGAUAACAGUAUUCUACAUGUACAUCAAACAGCUAUUUUAAUCAUUCUUUAUAUGUAUGUUUGCCUCAUGUAAUUACCUUUUGACACAUGCUCCACUAGCCUGAUGUAAGCACUUUUGAACACAUUUAAACAAGUUCCAAUAUUUAUCUAAAUUGCUCAUUAAUGAUUUAUUUCUGUUGCAAUAAAAAAAAAAAAAUCAAGUUAUACAAUAAAAAAGAAGGCAAAAACAGCAUUUCAUUAAUCAGAAAAUGCUAAGGACACACACACCAUUCAUCAUAACUAUGUAUUUCAUCCCUUCCCAAUCAGAACAGAUUGGUGAGGUGAAUCAGCUUACUUGGAGAUACAAGGUUUGAUAUUAUAAAAUAUUUAUACAUUUUUUAAUCAGAAAAUGUUAAUUACUUGUUUUAGGUUGUAGUUCUGUCUACAGAUCUCAAUAAGACAAAUUCUAUUGACCUCUAAAGCAUGCUAUUUAGGAACCAAACGUUUCCUAGAAAAGACAUUCCAGAAGCCUUAACCCCUAAUAUUGUUAUUUUAAUAAGACAUUACAUAUUGAAGCCUGACUUCUACAUAUAAUCAAGAUUUAUAACAGGGUACCUCAUGUAAUGAGGAUAAUUAAGCUACCUCUGGUCAAGUACUGACCAUAACUGGUCAAGUAUACUGACCGACACAGUCAAGCAGUUUGACUUGUCUGGAUUUUAUGAGUAGUGCAUUUUUUUUUUUAUAAUUUUAUAUGAUUGUGUGAUUAUUAGUUCUGAUGCUUUAGUUGAAAAUAUUAACUUCAACAAAUGAUUGGUAUUCAUUAAGUACAGUAAAAGUUUGUUAAUUUGAUGAUGUUGUGGUUCACCUGCUGGCAUUUGAAAAUUCAACAGUAGUGGGACAAUGACUCGGUAUAAAGUUCAUUCAAUUAUACUGCAUAACUUAUUCAUUAACUCAUUAUUUUGGAUUUAAAAUGGGAAUAAUCUAGAUUGAAAUGUUUAUUUCAUCUGUACCAUGUCAGAGCUUAUGUUGUCCUUAAUUAUAUCUGGUCCGACUGUAAGACCAGACACUACUUACACUUUGCACACCUGAAAAAUUGCUUGAUUUUUUUUAAAGAUGUAAAAACUUCUGAAAUAUAUUCUGAACUUAAAAAAAUUGCUAGAAGAUACUGAACAUAGUUAUUGUCUUUGAAAUAUAAUUAAAUUUGAAUAUUAUUUCAUUUUACUGAUUUUUUUUUACUGGGAAAUU